CACACACACACACACACAAGGCAGUUCACUCUCUUUUCGAGAAACUGCAGUUGGAUACUUCGGAGAUUUUGGAAAUCCAGCACCUCACCACGGUGCAGUUUUAUGCUGCCAGGUGAAUUGUUUAAUGGAUUCAGAUCCGGUGACUGGAAAGGCCACUGAAGAACCGUGAACUCACUGUCAUGAAACCAGUUUGAGAUGGCCUUUGCUUUGUGACAUGGUGUAUUUUCAUGCUGGAAGAUAAGACUGCUAUUUGGUGUCAAAACAGUCCUGCUGAGCUGGUAAUGUACUCCAAGUAGACACCUCCUCAACUCUGCGAGCGUCUAUGUAAGCCAGGCCUCUAGCAGCAUGCAGAGUGACGUUUCACGAGCCUUGGCUGCAAUGUUCCUACUUUAUUGGAUGCCACCUUGUGUGUGUCACUCUACACCAGUACGACCCAAACUCAUAGGUUGUCGAUCUCCUGAUAAGGAGACGUUUAGCUGCUGGUGGGAGCCUGGUUUAAUUGGUGGACCUCCAACAACCCAUCGUCUAUUCUACAGAAAAGAGAGAUCUGAAAAUGUCUUUGAAUGUCCAGAUUACCACCGUGCAGGGAACAACUCAUGCUUCUUUGAUAAAGCCCACACAUCCAUAUGGAUCUUAUACAAUAUCACAGUCGUGGCCUCUAAUUCUAACGGCAGCAUCUUUUCUGAGCCAGUGGAAGUGGACGUCAUGGAUAUCGUCCAGCCUUACUCACCAGGAAACAUUACUUUGACUCUGAUCGGAGUGAAGGACAACCCGUAUUUUCUGGUGAAGUGGGAGGCCCCGCCUGACAUCGAUACUCGUUCAGGCUGGGUUACUCUUAAAUACGAAGUGCGAGUAAAACAGGAGCAUGGCGGCCAAAAACAGGCUGGUGAUUGGGAGGUGUACAAUGUUGGUAAGCAAAAGGAAUUGCAAAUUUUCAGUCCCACACCUGGGGGAAAUUAUAGUAUACAAAUUCGAUGUAAACUGGACCAAGGCCUGUGGAGUGAGUGGAAUUCUCCAAUGUUCAUCAAAAUGCCAAACAAUUCGGUAAACGAGAAGCCAGUUUCAAUAUUCAUCGCUUUUUUUAGUGCCUUCAUUAUAUUGUCCACUGUUGGAAUAAUGACGGCCAAAAGAAAAGAUAUUAAGCAUUUCUUACUUCCCCCUGUUCCAGGACCAAAGAUCAAAGGCUUUGAUAGGCAACUUUUAAAGACAGUAAAGUCGGAAGAUAUAUUAAGUACCUUCAACUACCAGGGCAUCCUUCAAGCCCCAGAGUGUCUUGAACAGGUGGAGUAUCUAGUGGUGCUUGACAAAGAGGAAUAUGAUGACAAAACAGGAAGUAAAGCUCAUCAGGAACAGCAAAUGACAAUCCAGAAUACACCCAAUCAGAAGAAAUGCAAUAAGCUUAACAUCAGUGAUCACAUUGAUAAAUGGAAACUACCAGCUCUUACACUCAACUGUCAAGAUUCUGAUCCUGAAUCUACAGCUGUAAACGCAUCAAAUCAUUUCAGCCCAUGCGAUGUACCUCAGCAGAAACCUGACAUCUACCAAAAUGGCCCUUGGGUUAUAUCUCAAAAAGACAUGGCAAGGAGCUCUCAGAUAAGUUGUGCAUGCAGUGCUGAACAGAAUGAAGUCAGCAUCACUCCUGAUAGACUAAAGGAGGAGAUGGAAGAAGAGCAAAGAGUGGAAUGUAAGCAGAAGCACACAAUAAAACCAGAGGAAGAUUACAGUAAAGUCAGUGGGAUUUACAGAGAAAAUGUUCUGGUUAUACAAAAAGACAGCAGCCCUGUUCAGAGACACACAAAGAAGAACAAUGGUGAGCCAAGCAAAGACUAUGAAAUCACUUUCACAGCUAAAGAACCCACAGAUCCUCAGGAAUAUGUGGCUACAUUAUAGGAUAUGCUUUGUACUGGGAAAUCAAAAUUUAUGAUCGAAAUUCAGAUUUGCAGAUGAAAUUUUAGCUGGUGCAACUUUCUGUAAAUUGCUACUAGUAGUAAAAAAAACAGUGCUAAUAUUUGUACGAUGAUCUGAGCUGCCACAACAAAAUUAGCUUUGGUAACAGCAGACUUUAAAUGAAGAGAAACUCUCAAUUAUUUAUAAAAAAACAGAAACAGCUCCUUGCUAUGUAUGAGGUGGUCAAUUGUGCAAAUCAACAGUGUGUCAAGUUACAGUGAUAAACAUAUUCAUUAUUCCUUCAUAUCUUAUAAGAAUGUAUUGUAAAAAUGGACAAAGUCAUGGCUGCAGAAUUAUAUUUGAAAGAAUUACUGCCAGGAUAUAACUCCAAAGUACGUAUACACACACACACACACACACACACACACACACACACACACACACACACACACACACACACACACCACAUAUCUACAAACUACAGGUCUAAAAUAACAACUUGUUUAAACCUAAAGACCAACCUUAUAAGCAAAUCAGCACUAUUAAAGUUUGACCAAUUUCUCAGCUACAUAUUUAGGGAUAAUGCUUUAAAUUUAUAAAGUCUUAAAUACCAAGUAUGGCAGCCGUAGCAAAGAUGUUCAUCUGCUCAUGCACAGGGUAUAAUUUUGUUAGCUAUCUAAUUAAAUAUUAUUAUUUAUGCCCCAAAUCUGAUUGGUCAAAACGUGUUUAUAAAUUUUUUAAUGCCUAAAUUGUUGAUCUGAAGUAAGCAAUUAUUUAACAUUUAUGGUACGACUCAUAAGCUGAACAUCUUUGUCUUAUUAACUUUAAGAAAAAGAAAAAAAAAGCCUGGUUUGUGAGAGGAACUUGUUAUAGCUGCUUUAACAUAAGUGAUUGCUGGAACCAAGUUGUCUUGCAGGUGUUCCACAUUAUUAAAUGUAACUAUAGACUGACUUGAAAAAGUAUAUAUUCAAAUUAAAUAAGAAAAUGGAAUUGUAAACAUUGAAGAUUUGCUGUGGUCUAAGAGGAAAACACUUCAGGAAUAUCUACUGUUAGUAUUUCUUAUUCUCUACUGUGGAAUAUGAGUUGCUUCAGGAUUUUGUAUUUUAUUGGCUAAGAUGCGUAAUUGUUUUUCCUCUCUCCAGUAGCACAAUAUCCACAUGGUGUUUACCCAAAACAGUUACACAUGCCUAAGUAAUGGGCAUGCAUUUAAGUUGUAAUUCACACACACACACACACACACACACACACACACACACACAAUAAAUCAAUGAUAAUGCACG